AUGUGUUUGUAUCACUACCUCUACUUCUCGACUUGUCAACACGGCGAGCUUAGCCAGAUCACCUAUUGCGACAAGGCGAAAGCACUUGGCCUAGCUAAGCGAGACAGUCUUUCGCAGGACAGCACCAGCGCAGGCAUCGACCAAAACACUCAACCAGUCAUCUCAUCGUCGCUGUCCCAACCGCGGACGUCGUUUGCUGCGAGCAGUCCUACCGCUUCACAUUCACAUCGUCAGCAACAACAUCGCACCAUGGCAACUUUAUCACCUUACAAGGCUCGCACAGCACUUGGCUGCGGUGCCACCGCAGUCGACACCAAACUACCGUCACCUCACCGCGCGGCUUUGACUCCCCGCUCUGUGCUCCCGGAAGUCGGCGUCCCGAGUUCAUCAGGUGAAUCCUCGCGCGCAGCAUCGACAUCAGCUGUGCAAGCUUUACACGCAUUGAACAGCCGCGAUACGCGUGACGGCACGCUGAGGCUGACUACGCGAGAUCUGUAUCAAAGUAUACAGCACCACACAGCCUCAACACCUAGCACUUUCGCCCAAUCUAGCGAUUCUGACGCCGAGACAACUGAAGCCUUGUCCGAAGCAAGCGUCGAGAUUAUCACAGAGCGAGGGUCUUUGCAAUACAACGAUGUCAGAUCUGCGAGCCCGCGCAAGCCUCUUCCAGCGCAGUGGUUGCCAGCAACCGAUUUGUCCACUUUCUUGAUAGCACAGCGAACCGACGCACACGAAGACGCGAAGAGCCCUGCUAGUGGCUCUCCUGUGGAGCGUAAAACCGUUCGACUUAGGCGCGGUCCACUUGAUGUUGGUCAGCCGAACACAGAAGGAGUGUCUUUCCUGACAAAGGAAGCUCUCGACGCCGUCGAUGCCAAUAUCGCGCCCUCUACGCUUCGGCGCAGUCCGAGCAAGAUCCAACCCUGUCCUGCAAGAGCUCCUUGGAAUAGCCCAGCUGCGUCACCAAAGGUUGCAAGUUUACGGAAAAGCGCUGGAUCGCCUACGAGAUCGUCGCCGCCUCGAAUCAAGCACCUGAGCUCUCAUGUGACUGCUGACCAUAAACGUACACCCAGUAGUGUUACCUCUACAGGUGCCACCUCGUUUUACACGGCUCAUGGCUCGCCGGUAAGAAGUCCGGCGCUGUCGCAGACCAGCUUUGCAUCAACGGACGUCUACCACGACAAUAUGGAGCAUCUUGAAGGCAGACUAGAGGUCACCCCAGCAAGAGGAAAUGCAGGCCUUCGAACGCGAGCGUCGAGACCGGAACUAACCAUCAACAUUCCGCCUUCAAAUCUUACACUCGAUGCCGAACGGCUGUCAGCUACGACCCUAGCGUCGACUACAAGCAGUACAGGCUCAGGCAUCCGCCACGGCAUCAGUCCAGCCUCACCGUCGCAGUCAUCUCGCAUUCCCCGUAUGGCGUUGACCAAAGGUAGCAGUGCGCGUGCUCCCACGCUCAGCUCAAGCCUAAAGCAGACCAAAUCCACUCAAACACUAAAAUCGCCAAAAGCUGCGAAGCGGGCACACGGUGAAGACCGCCCAAGCAUGUCGAAAGCUUCGGGUGCGAAGUCUCUGCGUCAUGUUCGCACGAUUGAUAGCUCAGGCUCUACACCCAUCCUGUUGGACCGCCAAAUUCGUGACUACAGUGAACCAGCGAGCGUCGUUGGCGUUGCGACCACCACCACUGAGCGCACAACGCAGACCUCGGAUACCGAUCUACUUACGUCGCAUCGACAAGACACGGCUUUGGAAACAAAACGAGUCUAUCAGCCCACUCAUUCGAGUAACACGUUGUCCACUGCUUCCCGUGUUACAAGCGCAUCAACUGUCAGAGCGCCUCGAACUGUUGAGGAUCCUGCUUCGACAGACUCUGUCGUCAUCUACAGUCGCAAACAGCCAGUGGACUUGAGUGUCCUUCACUCCAGCGAUGCGGAUGAUGAAUAUGACGGCUCCACGGCCUCAGUACCUGGCUCGGGUAGUGGCAUGCAAACCGAUUCCCCGGUUCGAGGUCGCAGCGUGCAGUACAACCCCAGCAUCCAACGUGCGACCGUGAGUGAGGUCUCGACGAAGUCUGGCUUGACCUCAGAUCUACGAGCCACCGCAACAGAGUUCAUUCCAGAACUCAAAGCUGUUGAGGAUGAUACGGCUGACCAGCCUACUCAAGCUGCCAAAAUGCAUGACAUGCAAGCUCUGGACGGAUAUGGCAUACCUUGGUUUUAUCACAUGUAUCCGGUGCCUGUACUGUAUCCUCCUGUUUGGCCAACCGGCAGAUCCAGGUCGCCAAAAAAGUUUCGACACAAAAAGCAGCGCUCACCUGUCCGUUCACCGACCGAGAAUCUGUUAGCUCGAGAUGAGAUAGCACUUUCUAUCGAGGACAAGGCAACAGCAGGCGCUAGCGAGAGUGCCCAUGUCAAGGAGUCUGCAAGAGGCCCGGACAAGAUAUCAGAGUCAUUUGCCACGACCCAUGGAGCUUCCAACGGCCCCUUCGCUGCUCAAUUUGACAUGAUCGCUCGCCAAGCCACCCUACAGAACAACACCAACGGCAUGCAGCAACCUCUGGAAGUCGAUCUGACAGCCGUCCGCAAUGUCCCCACUUACGGUACUUUGCGUCAGCUGGGUCACAACACCGUACCCUCACGACGUCGAAACCACCGCCAGGCAGGUAAUGGGCUGUACGGCGGUCGUGGCAAUGUCGGUGUACCACUGUACGCAACUGUGCCCUUCCCUGAUCCCGUGGCGCCAAUGGGACGACCCACUGAAUGCUACAGCAGGAACCCUGAAGAUUACUUUGGUCACACGACCGGAACUAGGGCGUGCGGCACGAUCGAGAUUGAAAGAGCGGCUGAGCAUGGGGGCGAACUUGUAUGCAACACUUGUGCACCGGAUUACUGA